UCAGGAUGAUCAGCAGCACUACCACUGCUCUCAUGCUCAGGCUAGAACGUGUGUAGAUGGUCCAGGCGGUACACUGAGGCCGCAUGGACUGCUCGAUGAAGGAGUCCACCGGCGUGACCUGGCCGCUGGAACAUGGCAUGGGCUGACGAGCGGGUUCCACUGCAGACAACACAUAGUCUCUUCCAGAAAUGUGUAUUCCCGAUCAUACAUAUCCGUCCAGGCAGGAGUGUCCAAACCGUCCAGGCAGGAGAGUGUUAUAGUAGAUACCGCCGCCGGCACAGGCAUUGGUGCUUCUGCUGCUGCUCUUGGCGCAGCUACCUUCACCAGGCUGUACGCUACCUUACCCAGGCUGUACGCUCUACGACCGCUCAAAGGUAUAGUGUGACGCUAUAAGAAGAGGUGCACGUUGUCAGUUGGUGCCGUCAGACCAGAAUGACGAGGAUCUGAGUAAAUACUCACAUACACACAGCCCAGCCGUAGAAUACUGACGUACGGUGUGCCCGCCUGCCGCAGUACACCGCCACCCGGAGACAAUCGUGCUGCAUUUAUGAACGGGUGUAGGUUGUAGCGACGCCUCAUUCUUCCAGCCAGUGUUCUGCGCGAAGAGUUGUCAUUCUGCCCAGUGUAAUUAUUAGCAAGAUGUCCGGACGCCUGUUCUGUGGCCUUUGGAGAGUUGGUGAGCAUCAGGCUUCACACGUCAGAAGUAUGCCGAUGGGCCCGUCGAUGAUCUCACUACUUGCACCGCUACUGCUAUUGCUAACUCUAUCAGCAAGCAAUACGGCUAAUGGUAUUUGGUGGGACACUGCAGCGUCAGACAGUUUGCACAAACAGCACGCCAAGCACUGUCCGGAAUCUGCCAAGCUCAACUCUUCCUUACAACUCUGCAGGCUGUCCGGCGAGGAGAUCACGUCGCUAAUGAAGGGAGCCGCUGGCGGUAUCUUCGACUGUCAGAUGUUGAUGGCGUCACAGCGAUGGAACUGUUCGUCCAGCGACUGGAAAGUUUUUCUGGGCAAAACUCACAAGGAAGCAGCCUUUGUGCACGCCGUCAUCUCCAUAGCAGUAUCAGCACAGCUUGUCCACGAUUGCAACAAUGGACGGCUGCCCUCGACCACCAUCUGUGGAGCUAAUCCCAGCUGCCAGGGCUCCUCCUGCACCAAGGAGAUCAUCACGUACGGUUACAGCACGGCCAAGAUCCUGGACUGGCUCAACAGUCCCGACCAGCUGCAGAGCAUGAAGUGGCGCCAGGCGUUACUGCACAACCACAACCGUGACGUGGGGCGAGUUGUGGUGAAGAAGCAGAUGAAAAAGACAUGUGACUGCAAUGGUAUCAGCGCGUCUUGUCUGGAGAUGCGCUGCUACCAUCGCUUACCGUCCACCAGGGAGAUGGUGAGCGGCCUCAUGAACAACGCCGUCUUCUUGCCGUGGAAGGAGCACCGCAACCAGGUGCACCAUAGCUUGAAGACGGUGCGUCGACGCAGAAGUGGCAAGACCACGCUGGUGUUCAUGAAGAGAUCGCCAAGCUACUGCUGCACGGAUAGGUCGCAGGGUAUCCUGGGCACGGAGGGAAGGUCCUGUAACAGCCACGACUCCUGCCGCAAGAUCUGCUGUUCCGAAGAGAAGGAGGAGAUCGGACUGGACAAGUGCAAUUGCAAAUUUAUCUUCUGCUGCGAACUAAAGUGUGAGAAAUGCCUGCGCAGACAGUAUCGUUGCAAGAAGUCGACUUGCAGUUCAAGCACAAGCAGUAGAUCUCGAGAUGAACUAUGAAAAUGUACGAAGACACGCCGAACAAAGGCAUACAAUCUAUAAUGUCACACAUCUAUAUCCUUUGGGCCAAUUCGCUUCGUUUCAUCGACCAGCCAAGUCACACGAAUGGACAAUGGUACUUUAUCGCUGAAGCCAGUUUCAGUCAAGAAUUUCUAGGAUAUAGAUUUGUAAUUGAGUGACUGCAUAAUCUAUUUAUUUAUCCUGCGAAACGUGAGAUCAAACCUUUUUUUUAAAGAUAUGAUUGCAAUGUGUACAAUCUUUUGAACAAAGCAGUUGCCACUGCUUCUGAGGCCUGGUGCGACUUAUCGUAAGUGUUACAAUUUCGUCAAGAGGUAAUCGGUGUAAAUGUUCAUAUUUGACUGUUUUGUAAGUAACUACUUGUUCGCCAACUUCAGCUACUAAUUUUGCUCUGAUGAUAAUAAUAAUAAUAAUAAUCUUAUUCGUUGAAACCGCCACUCAGUCUAACGUUAGUGCAUCCAACCGAGCGUGAAUCGUCCGAUAACAACGGGUCUGGUUGCUCUUCUGCCUGCCACUCAGUGACCCGCACCUUCCUUAGUCCUAACACUAAGCACAGUCUUCACACAUACAUACCAUGUA